UAUUUAUCAGUCAGUACUACGAAAACAUUGGGAUUCUACACUGAUAGCCUUCUUGGUAGUUUCGAACCCAAUUCAUAUGACCGACACCUAUAAAAAGGUGAACUUGGAUCGCAUACAGGUAAAUCCGCCCACAAACGUUUGCGCCGUUCGGAAAGUUCGAAAAUGCUGUCCAUCUCUGUACAACUGCUGCUGGCGCUUGUCGUUGUAAAUAAUUGAAAGGCUUAUCAGUUCAACGUAAGUCUUCCUGACACUGCAAAAGCUGAGAUUGAUGAAUGUAUUCAAAGAUCUCAGGAAACACCGGUUAUAAACUGGCAAGCAGUGCUAGCAUGUGGUCAUGAUUAUUUUACAAAACUGAAGCCUAACAAUUUGACAGAAGAAGACUGGGAAGUCUUCCAGAGAGUAACCAAUGAAGGAUUUGGACAUCAUCCGCCAGCGACUGGAAUCAGUACUCGUCGUGAAGUGCGAACAUUAUCUAAAGAAGAAUGGCAAAAUGUGACAGAUGUUUUUAGAAAACUAUUUGAUGCUGGAACUCUCCAGUCGUUUGGACGUUUGCACGGACUAGCACAGACGAGAGCUCACAAAGGAGGCGCAUUCUUACCUUGUCACAGGGUCUUUCUUACCCAUUUUGAGCAAGAGAUGCGGAAUAUAAACCCUAGUGUAUCCUUGCCAUACUGGGAUUACACCAUUGAUCACGACAUCGCGCAACCUUUCGAAUCUGUCCUUUGGACUCCGUGCUACUAUGGAGAGAACAAUAAUGUUGUGAGAUCUAGCUCAUUUAGCUUUCUUUAUGGAGCGCAUGGAGCUGUUAUUUCAAGGGAUUUGGCGAAAAAUUACUACUCUACAAAGCUUAUCAGCAAAGCGGACAUAGACAUAUUAAAGGGUUUUUGCAACUUUAAAGACAUAACCACCGGUGCUGACGAGACAGCUAAGGAGCAUAAUUUAGAAGAUCUACAUGAUAGUGUGCAUGAUUACAUUGGAGGAGAUAUGGGUGUUGUUGAAAACUCGGCAUAUGAUCCAGUAUUCUGGUUUCACCAUGCCUUUAUCGAUUAUAUAUGGGAAUCAUUUAGAGAACAUCAAAUUGAACAAUGCAGUAACAUAGACGUUGAGUCUGAUUAUAGGCCAUUAGAUGAUUUGGGAUGGAAAAUUGUAAAUAAACAAGGACCCGAAGAUUCCAUGUUUGGUUACACACACCUAAAGAUCAUCGAUGGGCUUUGGAACAACUGGACGGACACAUUUUAUACUUAUGAACCCCAACCUUCGUGUGGAAGCACAUGUACUGGGAAAUAUUUGUACUGUGAUGACAAAAACCGAUGUUUAACUCGUACUAUAGAGACUUGUACUGAGAAAGCACCCGAAAGAUUUUCACGUGAACACAAAAGCACGGAUCCACUCGUACCGAAACUUCCAUGUGAGGCUGGGACAGAACUAAAAGGUCUUAAAGGGGAUGGUAGAACGAGAGACACAUCUAAAGCUGAAUGCGAAAACAUUUUGAAAAACAUCAGAAACGGAAAUGACCCGCAGCAUGUUGAAAGCAGCAAAAGAGCUUUGGAAAAUUUUGGAUUUGUCGCAAUCGGGAUGGCUGUUGGUCUUAUUGGUACUAUACUUGUCGUGCGGAUUCAUCGCAAAAUAAGCAGAAAGUCAAAAUAUGAUAAUGUAAAAUAAAAAAAGAACUUUCAGUUUUAUGAAUUGCGAUAGUACUAUGUAAAAUGUAAAGUAUGCAAAGAAAAUUAAAAACUAGACUGUC